AUGCCAUUUUUUGAUCAGAUGAGACCGUUCUUAAGGUCAUGUACCAUUUGCUGUAAGAAACAAAAGUCAUGUUAUUCUUAUUCGUCACAAGUAACCGUUGGCCCGAAAUUUAGGUCAUUGCAAGAGAUAAAACAGUAUAUAGACAGUCCCUCGUGGUCCUUGGCUGAGGUUUUGACUGAAUCAGAAUCUAGCGAUAAUCUUCCUACUGAAGAAUCGGUUAAAAAGCUUUUGAAAUUAUCUGGGUUUAGUGAAGAAAAAUGCAACAUUAAAGAAAUUCAACAUCGAUUAGGUAAACAAUUGGUUUUUUUGCAAAGUCUUCAGAAAGCUCCAUUAGCUGAUGAAACUACAGAUACUAUGUUUGCUAGAAUAAUGCCAAGGGCUCCUAAAUCCCUUGAUUAUAAAGCGUUAUUAAACAAGAUACAAGAACAGAAAGAUAACAAAUUUGACGAUGAAAUCAGUGGGUCUUGGAGUCCUACCUCAAAUUCAAAGAAGUCAAAAAAUGGUUAUUUUGUUGUGACUAAAAAGAUAACCCAUACUGGGUAA